AUGGCCGAAAGCAUCGCCUAUCCAGCUCUGUUCUUCAACAGGGAGAGUCUAGGCCUAAGAUGUCCCCCUGUCGCUCCAACUACCGUCAGCAACCCCAUCGACGUCCCCAAAGAGACUCAACCUUUAGACUUCUCAACAAAAGGGAAAAAAGCCUUUGACAGACACACCAACGAGAAAAACAAUAACUUGCAUCUUUGCGACCCUUUAGUUGGGAACAAAAGUCCAGCCUCGCUUUCCAGAACUCUGGAAAGCGACAUCCUCUCCAGCACAGCGCUGAAUCCUCUUGAUCCCACGGCGGUUAAAACUCCGUUUCACCUGGGACUGAGCCCGUCCUUUCCUCAGUCAUACAGUCAUACAUCUGCCAGUCCUCUUUUGGGACCCCCGAAAACCUCGCCGGCGCCGGCAAUGUCUGGGAUCAAUGCACUUUUACUUGCCCAGUUGCAAGCUAAUCCUCUCCUGCUGUCCACCAUACAGUCUGCUCUUAAUGCCACCACCAGAUUGUCAGCACAGUUUGAGCCAUUCCUGUCUGCACCAAGUCACACGCCCUCCCCAACUAAUUAUCAGAUACCUGGCUCUCACCUGCAUUCAGCUCCUAGCCCGACUAGUCUGCUGGGUUUUAAUCCAUUGCCAGUGAAUGGCCUAGGACAAAGGCUGUUGGGCAUGGAAGGACAAAGGCUGUUGGGCAUGGAAGGACAAAGGCUGUUGGGCAUGGAAGGACAAAGGCUGUUGGGCAUGGACAGCUUCAAAGAAACAACCUUACUGGACAGAAGUCUCAGGAAUGACAGUCUAGGGACAGUGCUGGGUUCUGUAGUCGGAUCUAACAGCAGUCCCAUGGGAAGCAUCAGCCCUAUGGCAGGUCUUACAGGAAUUGGUGCUCCUGCCACGAGUUUUAGGGAUCUGAUGGACACCUCCAGCAGUAUCCUGACUACUUCACAGACUGAGGCUGCCAUCAAUGCAGAGAGCAACGAAUCUUACAUAAAGUUUCGCAAAAGAAUGCUCGUGCAAGUGGGUGGCUCCAAGGCUCGCAGAGCGCGCCUCGAGCAAUGUGCUCGUGCAGAGAGAGACGGUUCCAAAAGCAGUGAUGUGAAAUAUGGAAACAUCUACAUCAACAAAAGCAGCGAGAUGAGCCCUGACCCCUGUGGAAGUGAAAUAAGUGGCACAACCGACAACAAUUUAGAACUUGAAGUCGUUGCUGAGCACAAUCUGGGCGAAGUCAGCAAAUCUGCUGAAUCAGCAUUAUUAGAGUUCAGAGCCAGCACGACAAGCGACGUCAGCAACGACGCCACGUGCAGCAACAGCAAUGGCAACGACAGUGAUACUGGCAGCAUUACAAAGCAGGGUUCCUCCCAGGGUACAGAGAUCGUCAAAGACGACGCGUACUGGGAACGACGCAGGAAGAACAAUGAGGCAGCCAAGAGAUCCAGGGAUGCGCGGAGGGCAAAGGAGGACGAAAUAGCAAUACGCGCUGCGUUCCUAGAGCAGGAGAACAUCAAGCUGCGCAUUGAACUGUCUUCCUUGAAGUCUGAAACGACAAAACUCCGCUGUUUGCUCUACAACAGCUAGGGACCUAUAGUUCCUCAAGUGUGUCUUACUAAAAAGUGUGCUGUGCUAAACUGAGUGAUAACAGAUACAUGCCUUGUACCUUAUGCCUUCUAUACUUAUGAGCAUUUUUUAUAGUGUUAAGUACUUCAGGUCCUCUCCUACUUAGGCCCAAAAUUCAGAUUUCUUCUGGAAAAAAACUGAUUAAGUACAAUGUGAUAAGCUGACGUAUACAGUGAACAGAAUUCUUGGUAUCGGCUUGCUACCAGCCGAAGGAGUUCCUAAUAGGUUUAUAUAUAGUGCAAGUCUUCUGCAACGCCUCAAAUCCCUCGAACUUAUAACUUCAGAUUAUUUUAAGAACGAGCUCUUUCCUUAGACGCUUGUGUUACCUCGGUUUUAGGUAAUGCUGAAGUUCUAAUCCUCUGUGGCCCGUGUAACAAUAAGGUCACCUUUCUCAUGAACAUGAUUCAAAAUGGUUUGUAAAAUUUGAGAAAAGCUGAUCUCUUAGUCUUAGCUUGAAGACAAUGUUAUUUAUUGGGAGAAUAAAUAUCACAGCUUCUUAUAGGACGUUUUUCAGGGUUCUUCAGAAGUCCGUGGGUUGACUAUGAAGUCGAAAUUCCACGAGAAAUCCAGCAGAAGCCCACGUACCCUUUCCCCCUUAUCUUCAAUAAAUCAAUGAAAGCAGUUGUCAAAAAAAACUUUCUUGUACCUGAUAUUCAAAUAUGCAAAAGCCUUGUUUGAAAUUGUGAUAAUUGUGAAACUCAGAGAUGUUCAUGAUUUGUGACUGUUCGUCUUUGAUCAACAAACAGCUCGCACACUGUUAGAUUGAGCUGGCUUUAUGACAGCACGGGCUCUUGCUACGAAAGCAGCUCGUGUGGAAAUUAAAAAAAAAAUUAAAAGGUGUAAACCUUAUUUGUUUGAGAAUGGAUUUAACCACUGUUUGUUGUUAUUCGUUCACGACAAUAUGCAAAGACUGACGCAUGUUGAUUGAAUGCAUAUCUUGAAUUAUUAUGCUUUCUGAGGCACGGGUUUUGCUUCCUGGAUGCUUGAGUGCGUUUUCUAUAUUUUCUUAGGGGUUAAAAAAUGAAAAUUUUAAAAUACUUUUAUAGAAUAUAUACACAUAUAUAUAGGUAUAUAUAAACUAUAUAUGUGUAUAUAUUAUAUAUAUACAGG